UUGACGUUGUACUGGACCAAUCGUGGUUGUCCUGGACCAAUCGUGGUCCAGCUCUUGAUGUUGUCCUGGACCAAUCGUGGUCCAGCUCUUGAUGUUGUCCUGGACCAAUCGUGGUUGUCCUGGACCAAUCGUGGUCCAGCUCUUGACGUUGUACUGGACCAAUCGUGGUUGUCCUGGACCAAUCGUGGUCCAGCUCUUGAUGUUGUCCUGGACCAAUCGUGGUCCAGCUCUUGAUGUUGUCCUGGACCAAUCGUGGUCCAGCUCUUGACGUUGUCCUGCUGCUCUCUCCUGUAGAACACCUAGGCCAGAACAUCUCCAAGUCCCACCAGGAGACGUGUCAGUACCUGAGGGAGGAGCUACAGAGCAUGACCUGGCAGGCCUUCCUCCAGGAGGAGAUAGAGACCUACCAGACGAAGCCGGAGGAGGUGAUGUGGCAGCUGUGUGCCAUCAAGAUAACGGAGGCCAUCCAGUACGUGGUGGAGUUCGCCAAACGCAUCGACGGCUUCAUGGAGCUCUGUCAGAACGACCAGAUAGUGUUGCUCAAAGCAGGGUCUCUUGAGGUGGUGUUCAUCAGGAGUGUUCUUUGA